AUGAAGAAUUUUUCAUUUCCUAUGCAAGAUAACACACAUCAGACUGAAAGUCCUUCUCCUCACAGAUUCCUGAGUUUGACAAAUAAGUCAGAUCCUGUUGGAAGACCAGAAAGAGACGAGCAAUUGGCUCAAGUAGAGAUAGCUGUACUGGGGGUAAUAUUUCUGACAGCGUCUGUGGGCAAUUUUAUUCUCAUACUGGUACUGUGGAGAAGAAGAAAGAAGCUCUCUAGAAUGUAUGUAUUCAUGCUUCACCUCAGCAUAGCUGACUUAGUGGUAGCAUUUUUUCAAGUUCUGCCUCAACUAAUAUGGGAUAUUACAGAUGUUUUCAUAGGGCCAGAUUUCUUGUGCAGAGUUAUCAAAUAUUUACAGUUGCUGGGCAUGUUUGCCUCUACUUAUAUGAUAGUGGUCAUGACAGUGGACAGAUAUCAAGCAGUCUGCUACCCUAUGGUCACUUUCCAAAAGAAGAGAGCCUUGUGGAACGUUCCCAUUUGCACCAGCUGGUCUAUAUCACUGAUGCUUAGCCUUCCUCAGGUAUUUAUCUUUUCUAAGACUGAAAUAUCUCCAGGCGUCUUUGAAUGUUGGGGUGAAUUUAUUCUACCGUGGGGCCCAAGGGCAUAUGUAACUUGGAUUUUUGUGGUUAUAUUCUUCAUUCCUUCCGUCAUCCUUAUUACAUGUCAGGUUAAGAUUUGCAAAAUAAUCAAAAGGAAUAUAUACGUGAAAAAACAGAAUGAAUAUGAAGUAACAAAUCAGAAGCAAGUCCUGCCAUCCCGAGCAAGCAGUGUUAACUGUAUUUCAAAGGCUAUGAUCAAGACUGUAAAAAUGACAGUAGUGACAGUUUUUGCGUAUGUUUUUUGUUGGUCACCUUUCUUCAUUGCACAGCUGUGGUCUGUUUGGUUCCCCAGUGGCGUUACUGAAGGUUCAGCAUUCACCAUUAUCAUGCUCCUUGGUAAUCUCAAUAGUUGUAUCAAUCCAUGGAUUUACAUGUAUUUUUGUGGGCACAUUCCACAUUGCACAAGGAAGCAGUUGGAGCACACUUCAGCUCAAGAUGAGUCUGUGAUCACAGGAAGCAUUCAUCUGGUAGACAGAGACCCUGAGGAAAAUAGCACUUCUGCAUAA